AUGGCAACUUUUAAUGAUAAUGACUUUGACUAUGUGCAAAACCAGUUUUCAUCAUUAACUCAUCAUUCAUUAGAAUGUGUUGCUGAAGAACAACAAGAUCCGUGGAAGUUUUCUUUGACUCCAGAUAUUAUACUAAAUGAUGUGGAUCUCCCAGCUAUAUACAAUGAUUACUACACACGUUUAUCCAAUCAACAUGCUCAAUACCUUGUUACUACAACGACAUUGGAAUUCAUUUUACAACAUGCGGGACUAGACUCAACAUUAUCUGAGAAGAUAAUCACUUUGAUACAUCCUACUACUUCUACUUCUUCCUUUUUUCCUUCUUCCUCCUCUCCUGCACCUUUAUCCACCAUCACUAGACAACAAUUUAAUCUGGCCAUUGCUUUAUUGGCUUGUAGUCAAAAUGGACUCGACUUGCCAAUUCCCAAGCUAAAUGAAGAUGUAUUCACUACUUUGAUGACGACGACAACAUAUUCAAAAGUACCAUCCACCUCGAAUUCAUCAUUUGUAUCUACUGGUCUGACAUUAGACUCGCCAACUAUUGCACAGUUAUCACAUCAACACAACGACAAUGAUAAUGACAUUCAUGAUACUAUCGAUACAGGUCAUGAUCGAAAAGCAAUCCAUGUUGAUGGCAAGAAUAGAAAAGAAACAGUCAAAGAUUAUCAAUGGUUUUUGGAUCUGGAUCUAGUGACAGUGACACAAUUGCCUGAAAAGGAAGGCCGUUUAUUCAAGCAUGUCAACUACUUAGUAUCAAGUCAACAUGGUACAUUGGCAGUGACCCGUCGGUUUAACGAUUUCUAUUUAUUAUGGGAAAGUUUAUUGAAACGGUAUCCACUACGGUCAGUUCCAAAACUUCCCCCUAAAAAAAUUAAAGGCAGUAAUGUCUUUUUAGAAAACAGACGUCAUGGAUUAUUUAGAUUUAUGAAUGCUUUAGUAAGGCAUCCUAUAUUGGCUCAAGAUGAAUUAGUCAAGGCUUUUUUGGAAGAAAAUGAUAUUCAAGACUGGUGGCAACAAUAUCAACCAAGUAUGGAGGAUGAAUUUAUCCGAACAAUGCCCAUGUUUGAUUCUUUACUGUCCAAUAUUCCUCAUGAUAUAACCGAUCGAUUAAAACGGAUAGAACGACGGAUAGUACCUGCCAUUCAACAAUAUGACAAGAUGAUUAUCGAAGUACAGCGACUAGCGUCCAACAAUCAAGCAGAUGCAAAUGAUUUGAUUCGAUAUAGUAUUACUCUCAAUGCCAUGAAUGAAAUGGAACAGCAAUCAACUCAUCAUCAACACAUAUGUGAAUCAUGUGAGCAAAUAUCUCAUGGACAAGAAAAGGUAGCACACUCUAUGCAGGCCAUAGCUGGGCUAUUAGAUGGCAAAGCAUCAUCUAUGUUUAACACAUUCUUGGAACAUCUCAACUAUCAACGUGAUUUAUUUAUUUCAUUCAAGGAUAUGUUGGAACGAAAAGACGAAUUGAUUCAUGCAAUAUCUCAACAGCGACAGGUCAUUCCGAAAGCAAUCGCUGCACAGAUGGUCCUUACAAAUAGCAACACAUCUCCUUCUUCACCAGUAUUUCCAAUCUCAGUAUACCAACAUCAUCAAGAACGACGAUUAACAAACCAACAAAUAGAUACAAUACUUCAAUCAGAUCAUAUUCGAGAAUCAUUACAUCAACACCGCAUGUUAUUUAUUCAAUACUGUCUUGCAUCGGAACUAAGUUAUCUCCAUCGACAACAAGUGUUUAUAUCCCUCAUGUAUCAAGAUAUGGUUCGACAACAACAUACAAUGGCAAAAGAGCAACAAUACCAAUGGCAAACUUUACAACGAGAACUUGAAACUAUGAUGCCCGAUGAUCCUGAUUCAUUUGAUUAA